CUCUUUUAUUAGUUUCACGUCAUUGGAUAAGAAGAGAGAAAACUAGAGGUGCUCUUUUUUCCCUCUUAAAAUGGCGCCUUUUGCAAACUCCAAAUCCAAGUACAAUAUUAUCAGCCAAAAAAACCAGUAAAACUACAAUUCAGUUAACUUCCAAUAUUUUCUGUUCCUUUCAUGGACUCCGUCGUGUUUAAGCAUCCAUCAUUUCCAACAAUAUUCAUUUGCUCAAAUUUUUUGUGGACUUCUCAAAAUAUAGUUGGAUUUGGGCAAUACAGAAAAAGAACAGUAUUUACUACAUUUUGUUCCGCUGAAAUUAACCCAUUUGAAAGCAAUCAAAAUGGUUCUGUAUUUGGUGCUUUGAAUGAUCAGAAUUCUUCAGUUCCAUUUGAAACGUUGAGUGCUGAAAUAACACCAGAAACUAUUGAUUUCUUUGUGAGUGAUGCUGAGGGUGAUCCUGAUUGUCCCUCUAAUGGUUAUUCUUCAAUUGGAGAGGCAAUUACUGCAUUACGUGAAGGAAAGUUUGUGAUUGUUGUAGAUGAUGAAAGUGGGGAAGUGGAAGGAAACCUUGUAAUGGGAGCAUCCUUUGCUAGUGCAGAGGCAAUUGCUUUCAUGGUAAGACAUGGAUCAGGCAUUAUUUCUGUAGGGAUGAAAGAAGAGGAUCUUGAAAGGCUCAAGCUUCCUUUAAUGUCACCUGAAAAAGAAGAUGAUUCUUCUGCUCCAUCCUUCACAAUCACAGUGGAUGCAAAGGUGGGAACAUCUACUGGUGUAUCGGCUUCAGACAGGGCUAAAACUGUGCUUGCUUUGUCAUCUCCUACUUCAAGUCCUGAAGAUUUCAGAAGGCCAGGCCACGUUUUCCCCCUUAAAUAUCGAAAUGGUGGGGUCUUAAGAAGAUUUGGUCAUACUGAGGCUUCUGUUGAUUUAGUAAUGUCAGCCGGCUUGCAACCAGUUUCUGUUCUUUCAACUGUAGUUGAUAAAAAUGAUGGUUCAAUAGCCACCAUGCCUAUUUUGGAGAAUUUGGCCUUGGAGCACAAGAUUCCGAUUGUCUCAAUAACUGAUUUAGUAAGAUAUAGGAGAAAGAGGGAAAACCUUGUCGAAGGAACUGCAGUGUCACGUUUACCUACCAAAUGGGGAUUAUUCGAGGCUUACUGCUACCGCUCAAAGCUUGAUGGAACUGAGCAUAUAGCUGUUGUAAAGGGUGAUAUCGGGAAUGGUCAAGAUGUGUUGGUAAGGGUACACUCGGAGUGUUUGACGGGGGACAUAUUUGGAUCUAGACGAUGUGAUUGUGGUAAUCAACUGGAUUUGGCAAUGCAGUUGAUUGAGGAAGCUGGUAGAGGUGUGGUUAUCUAUCUCAGAGGCCACGAAGGAAGAGGCAUUGGCCUCGGUAACAAGCUUCAGGCUUAUAACUUACAAGAUCAAGGCCAUGAUACUGUUGAAGCCAAUUUAAAACUCGGCUUUGCUGCAGAUGCUCGUGAAUAUGGCAUUGGUGCACAGAUGUUGAGGGAUAUAGGAGUUCGUACCAUGCGGUUAAUGACUAACAAUCCAGCAAAAUUUACCGGUUUAAAGGGCUAUGGUUUAGCUGUCGUUGGACGCGUACCAGUUUUGACACCCUUCACAGAGGAAAACAGGAAGUAUUUGGAAACAAAACGAACAAAAAUGAGUCAUAUAUAUGGAUCUGAUGUGCAGGGACCAAUUAAGGCGUCCAUCAACCGAAAUUUAAAGAAACAAGAUCCGCCCCAGGAAAGAAAAGAAAGUUGAAUAAUAGCAGAUUACUUUCAAGAAGGGAGAUUCUCUCAUCUGUUUCAUACUUGAUUCACAUUUCUUUGGACAACUAAUUUUUUGAGGUAUAUUCAAUUAAAGAAAAGAAAAUGCACUAAAGCAGCAAUGAUACAUAUAUACUUUCUAAAUGCUGCUUUCUUCAGUUCCCCUACUAGAUAAUUAUGUACAUCCAAAAUCCAAAAGUUCAAUAAUUUUCUUUUGAACUUUUGACUUUCUUUAUCUCAUUUUAUCUUUUAACAUGGAGGCCAUUGGUAUAAGGAUCUGUUAACUGUUAUUUUGAGGGCACAA